UCUUUACCACAUCAGAUUCCAUGUGGCGCUCCUAAUUGAUCCACAUCCACACAAUGGCUGGCAAUUACGAGGCUGAACUCGAAGCAGGAGAAGAUGAUAGGCUAGAAUAUUACACUCUACUCAACACUGACCAACAUGCUACACAGGAUGACAUCAAAAGUGCUUAUAGACGUCUCUGUCGCAUCUACCAUCCAGAUAGGCAUCAAGACCCUAAAAAACAGGCAACUGCUGGAAACUUCUUCAGAAAAAUUCAGGAAGCAUACAAUGUGCUAAUUGAUCCACGCACUAGGGCAAUUUACGAUCGAUCUGGGAAGAAAGGACUGGAAGAUGAUUUGGCAUUAGUUCAACGUACUACGCUACCCUCGGAAUUGAUCAACGAGUACGAGCGUCUUCGAGCUCAAUGGGAAGAAAGGACAUACAUUCAGCAGGCAAAUCCUCAGGGAAAUUUUCAGAUGGAAGUCGAUGCUACAGGCUUAGUUGAUGGCCAGGUCUAUUACAACCAACCCUUACUCUAUGUGAAAAGUAUCAACGUUCAACAGUCUGUGGAUGCGGAGAUGACUAAAUCAACAUUUGGUAGCAUUUCAGGAAUGCUCACUGCUUCUCAGCGUGCCUUCUUUGGAGGAAUGCAGUUCUCGCUUCGCCAACUCAUCGACAAUCAAAAUUGGAUCAAAGUGUCUGCUCUAGCUGGGUCACAACCUGCACUAGGUGUGGACAGCUACCAUAGCCUUGGCACUCAUAUGUACCUUACCACCCAGUCUGUGAUGUCCCUAUCUCCCUAUGGUGUCGUACUAGCAGCUAAUGGUAGUCUGACCAGAAGACUUACUGACAGUACAAUGGCCACUCUCUCUGUCAAGCAGACUGGCAAUGCUGUAUCUACUCAAGUUGGACACAAACUUUCACUGACAACCGAAGUUAUUGGCGAAGUGCAAGUUGGAUAUCAAAGCUCCUAUGUGAAGGGAUCUAUACAGUACAAGCCAACUGAGAAAUAUUCAUUCAGAAGUGGAGUGAAGGUUGGGACAAAAGGAGCGACAUUGUUCUGUGGAGCUGAAGAACAGGUGGCUACGCUGACUUGCUUAGGGGGGACUGUCCUAGUCGGGUUGAACGAGGGAGUCGUUUUGAAGCUACGGUUAAUACGAGCAUCAAUGAAUUUUCAAGUAAGAAUCCAAGUAUCUCAAGAAGUCAGCUUAGCAUCUUUAGUUUAUGCUACUAUCAUACCGCUUGGAUUAUAUGCCUGCCUUCGAGUGUUUGCAAUAGCUCCAUUUCUGCAAAGGCAGCUCCUGAAAGAUCUUCAAAACAAGAGGGAGGAAAUACUCCAGGAGGCGCUGGCUAAGAAAGCAGAGGCUGAAGCAGCCGUCGAUCUCAUGCAAGAAACGUUUCAGAGAGCUGUUGAAUCAGAGCAAGCCAAACAGGGAUUAAUCAUUGUCGAGGCGUGGUAUGGAAAGUUGUUUGAUUUGCAGGCUGACGACCAACCCUAUCAACCUAAGAUCGUUGAUGUUUGCAUAUCAUUGCAAUGUAUGGUGCAAGACUCAAAGCUCAUCCUUCAAGAGAAUACAAAAGUGAACAUUCCAGGAUUUUACGACCCCUGCGUAGGCGAGAAGAAGCAUUUGCGAGUACGGUAUGAGUUCAGGGGAGCACCUCAUGAAGUGACACUAUUUCUAGGUGACAGUACAGUGGGCAAAACUGCUCUAGCACAAAGCUUUACAAGUGACGGCACACAGUUCGCCAAGUCUUACAACAUGACUACCAGUGUGGAUGUGUAUGUGAAGACAGUCACUAUUCCAAACACCAAAGUUGUAGUAGAACUGUACAUUCACGACUCUGCCGGGAAUGAGGUGUUCUCUGACUUUGUACAAGAGUUUUGGGACCAGCCGAACUUGGUAAUGGCGGUGUAUGAUGUCACUAACGAACAAUCUCUGAAGUCCUGUACGAAGUGGCUGGAGAGAGUCAAGGCUAAGAAAAUCACACCGGAAUUACAGCUGCCAGGUGUGUUGGUUGGUAACAAGGUGGAUCUGGUACAACGGAGAGUGGUCACAGAAGAAGAUGCCAGGAAAACAGCUCAAACAAAGGAACUUGAAUACUUCGAAUGCUCAGCGAAAGACCCAGAAGUAGUGGACAAACCUUUUCUAUACUUAGCCGAACAAUUUUACCAACUCUAUGAGCAAAGUUUGGACAAAACAAAGACAGUAUGAACAUGCAUAUAAUAAUUAUUUGCUUUGUUUACACAUAGAAAUCAUAUGUACUCAUAUGUACUCUUGC